AUAUUCAACCAGAAUGACGUUAUCACAAUUGACGUACUAGCAGAUUGAACCACUGGAGUUACUUGGAGAAAACCCUGCAAUCGAUCAGUAGGAAAAUCCGGAAAACCCCGACGUCAAGGUCAGUGAAGAACCUUGCUCCCAGGUCACAUAAUAACAUAGCCAGUCAGGGAACGAGGCUGUAUCUUCGGCAAAACUCGGAUUGUUACGCUCAACAACCUAUUUCUGAAAAGACCUUUGGAGGGGAUACAUUUAACAAUAUUUUGCUACAAAUAUGUCGACAACGUUGGAGGAACGUGAAAUUUCUGCACCGCGAGCUGGGAGAUUUAAAGUGCAUAUUCAGGGAAAUCUGAAGCAAAGCCACUUUGUGGUCCUCACAGUGCAUGACUUGGGAUGCAACCACACAAUGUGGAAGGGCUUCCUUGCCCACGAAUCUAUGGAGGAAGUAGUCCGACGUUCAGCCUUCAUCCACAUCGACGUCCCGGGUCAAGAGGAUGAUGCGGGCAACCUACCUGAAGAGUAUCCUCGACGGAAAGAUUCUGGACUGUCAAUUUGUUACAAGUUUCCGAGCAUGCAGAGUCUGGGCGAGGACCUGGUUUGUGUCCUAGACCAAUUGGAUGUAAAACAAGUGAUUGGGCUGGGAGAAGGUGCUGGAGCAAAUAUUGUCGCCCGAUUUGCUAUGGCCCAGCCUGACCGAUGCCUUGGAGUGUGUCUGAUUCACUGUACCGGAACAACAGCCGGCUUCAUGGAGUCCAUCAAGGACAAGGUCAUCUCCUGGAAGCUUGACCAUGUCGGCAUGAACCCUACGGCUGAAACCUACCUCGUCCUUCACCGCUUUGGAUCGGAAUUGUUUGACAAAGCAAGCAGCAAAGAUGAAAUAAACAAAACUGUGAAUACAUUCCUUGAUACACUGCGCUCAAAGAUCAACCCUCAUAAUCUACAGCGAUUUGUACAUUCUUUCAUGAAACGUUCCAACAUUGCUGAUCACCUGUCAUCACUCAAGUGCCGAGUACUGACAGUGACAGGCACCAAAGCGUCAUUUAACCACACCGUUCAUACCCUCUUUGGUCACAUGACCCAUCAGCUAGCCAAGAAUCAGGUGGACUUGCUCGAGUUUGAUGGAGUGGCCAACGUGAUUGAAGAAAGGCCAGAGAAACUGGCAGAGUCUUUCAUCUAUUUCGCUCAAGGCCUUGGCGUCAUGGGCGGUGUUCCAAUGCCUCGAGUUCGUCGCAGCUCUAGCACGGAACAAUAUCUGACCAAGCAGCGAAGCAUGUCGAUGGAGGAGUGUGACCGUCCAACGGGAAUCUACUCAUCAUCCCCCUCCAAACUCAGCGUCAGCCCCAAGUCCAGCCCACUGUCCUGCAGCCCACCCAAGAACUGAACUCGGCCCUCCAGUCACGUAUUCUGAAGAUGACUAGGCUCUCUGGAUGUUUUAGUCACAAAGUGACCUCCCUUUGUUGGCCAGUGUUGCCAGAGAGGUGACACUGUAACCAGACCACAGGCCUCUCUAAUUUACACUGGUGUUACCAUGGUGAUUGCAAGGCACUUAGUUAUACCUUUAGAGGGAUAUGUUCACUGCCUCAAGAACAUGGGUGUUAAAGGACUGAUGAAGAGGCUUGGAAUUAUCCAAUUGUGUUUAUUGAUAGAAAAUUGGCUUACCAAUGGCAGGUGAUGGUAUAUAAUAGUGUACAAAACAACGGUUUUGUAAAAAUAAAAACGUUUUCAUUUGAUAAACAGGACAGACCUUAAGGAAGAUAUUUGAUGUUUUUUGCGCCAGAUUUCUUUUUUACUUCUCAUUCCAAAUGAUGCAGUUUUGAACCAAUGAACCAAUCUAAAGUAAAAGAACAGUUUUUCCACAAAACAUUUUCAAUUUACAGUGGUUUUCUUCUUUUGUGUGAUACAUCUAAGGCUUGAAAGAGACCCUGGAUCAACCAAACCAUUGAUAUUUCAAACGGGGGCAUAUCUGAUAAACAAAAAUGUCAUUUUGAAAGAUAAAAACACAUACCGGUACAUCAUGGAUUUUAACUUUACAUAUUUGUGUAUCAAAUACCGGGAGAUCGAGAAAUAAGAUCCAAGUACAUCCAUUACUACCGGUACAAUUGUGACGGUUGAACAUGGUGGAUUUUCGGUGGUACGAUAUGAACAGUUUCAAAUGUGUGUGUCUUUGAUGUUGGGAUAGACCUAGGUUGUAGAGGAAUAUGUGACUGUUGAAAAUGACAUUUUUAAACACAGCACUAUGCAGUUUUAGAACCUGGAGUUAGAGUUAUGUGUGGAAUCAAAAUGAUUCACUUUGUAACCACUGUACGAUUUUGACUGCCAUUUGUUUCUUUAAUAAAAUGUCAUGAAUUGUUUGUAAUGACAAAAUGACCACAACGAUUGGUUCACUUCAGGGUAAACAUACAUAAUCUGUACUGAAAUAGGGGAUUACAUUUAGCUGUAACGGUAAAUCCCCAAGUGGCUUAAUGUCUGUUAAAACUCGUUGCAUUCUAAAUUCAUCAACUGUAAGAAUUGGCUUCGUUAACUCUGCAUAUUAACAAGUAAGCUUGUCAUUUCCUUUUAAAGAAAAAAUGUCAUCAAUAUAAAAAAUAAAUAAAUAGAGCUUCAGAAAAUGUUAUUUUUUCUAACAACUAUAUUAUAAGCUAAAAUUUAUUUUCUAGAUAAAGUACUAACAGAAUGCUGAUACAAUAUAUAUUGAAAGCUGUUUCAAAUGCACACAGCUUUUUCAUAAAAUUUUCAUUGGAAUAUAGUCAUUAAUAUUAGUAAUGUCUAAGCUAAGACAGAACUUUUUUAGAAAAAAACUGAUGUUAUUUUUUAUCCUUCUGGGCAUGCUGAUAGCUUGUUUUGUGAAAUAACCUUCCAUACAAUGUUGUUACCUUGUCCAAUACAGAUUUUUUAAACCAUAAUCCUGCGACAAAUGGGAUGCCACUGACUAAAAUAAAGAAUUUAAUUUCAUACAAUAGUUACCUCCCUUUUAGCCAUCAAUUAAUGUAGUCAUCAUGGAGAUACAGGGGGAGAAAGAGGGUAAUAGGAACAGUUUUUGGUAAUGUUGAGUAAGUCACAGGACGGCAAAGUUAGCUUUGGGAUAGUACAAGGUCCGUCACAUACCACACACAUAGCAAGAAAACAAGGACUAAAUAUGAAGAAUUUGUUCAGGUGCUGUUGUCGUUGAAAGUUUUAUAAUAAUUUUGAAGCCAAUUUAAACACUGACACUGAUUGGGAUGAGAUUAAUCUUGACAUGGGGAAGAGAAGCCUAUAUUCUGUCUAAGCACAUGAUGUUUUACUUCAACAGCACCUAAAAUAGCUGCCAAAGAGUGGGAACAUGGUGUAAACAAAUUAAGUGAAGGAGAAGAUGUUUGGUCAGUUGAAUAUAGAAAUGAGUCUUAAUUACUUAAAUUCUGUCUACAUUACCCGGUAUGGCUCCUGUGGAUGGUAGAUUUAUAUCGUUUUAAGUCCUACAACUCGUUCUGUCUUCAUGAACUAUCCAUGGUGCUUGGUUUAACUGUCCUUGUACAGGGUUCGUACAUAUUUAGAACAUGUUUAAAUUUAGAGCAAUUGCUUAAAAAAUGUUGUUAAAAAGUACAUUUUUAAAGCAAAUAUCAAACACAAGGCAGGAGUUAUCUUUCUUUUAAAGAGUUAUUUUUCCAAUGUGGUUAGAUAUGUAUAAUGAACAUCAAAUUGGUCCCUAUGGUGCCAAAUAUUUCCAAGAGAAGAGGUAUCAGUAGUGCCCUGUCCAGACAGAAGUAUAGUUUAUAAGCAUUUCGUCCGGGCUCCUAUCUCAUACUAGUAUCUAUAGUACCAAGUAAUAGCUCUCGUGCCUUUUUGCUUAGAAGCAUUUUAAAUAGCAUUGUUAUAUUUUCGUCAUAAGUAAAACCUUCUAUACUUUCUGACUGACACAUUAAUUUGAAAUAAUUCCUUUUCAAGGUGAAAUGAAAUUCCCUGUUGUUGUUUUUUUCAAAUUUUUCGUUGACAGUUGUCGCAAUGCAAAAACAUUCAGAUAAAUAAUAUUUUGAGUCUGUUUAUUUGUACAGGGAAAAACUGAAAGCUUCAAUAUAUGUAGGUACACCUGUAAAAAGAUAUCGGAAAAUAAAAAUACAUAAAUUGUUCAUAAGAGGUUUCACCAUCUUCUACUGCAUUCGCCAUCUCAACUAUUCUGCCUAUAAAAGAUGUACAUUAUGUAUUAAAAAGGUAAUUUUGAAAAAUGUAUUUGAAAAGAAAUAUAUUUAGAAACAGAUGCCAAAAAUUCUUACUUUUCUCAAAACGGGAAAGAUAAUGACAAAUGUAUGAAUGAAUCUGAAAACAUUUUGAAAAUUACUUUUAUUCUGGAGGAAGAAAAGCCUUUCAUAUGUAUUGCUUUAAUUGCAGUUAUGAAAAUGAUCAUAUCAGAAAAUCUGGCUAUAUUAAGUCAUUAUCAGUAAUAUGAUAAGUCAACUCUUCGACAAUGGCAGAAUUUUCUCACAUUUUCCAAUUUUAUCAACGAGAAUAAAGAUGACAUUUUUCUCAAGACAUGAUUAUUCAUGUUGUAUAUAGUUUUCCCUACAUUUGAACAGCCCUAUUUUAGUAAUUUGUAUUUUCAGAAGAAUUUGUAGUUUUGAUAUACCCAUAAAUGAUUGUGUUGAAUAUUUUGUAUUUUCAUUCCAUAUUUUGCUUUAUUUCCAUUCUCAGCAUUAACAUUUUUUGUUAGAAUACAAGUCACAAUUUAGCUACCGCAGCAUGUACACCUAGUCACUAAUCGAAGCAGAUUCCAAUACUUAAACGUCCAGUUGUCACUAUUAGUUUAAAUCUAGACAUAAAUUUCAAAAACUAUAUUUUUGCAAUGUUAUGUCACAAUGCUGCAUUGCACUCCUCAGUAUUAGUGUUUUUAUAUCAGAAUAUUAGUCAAAAUUUACUACAAUGUGUUCAGCUAGUCACAAACAGAAGCAGAUUCCAACACAUGCAGGGAUCACUUUCAGUUCAAUUUCCAUCUAUUUUCAUUUUGCAGUGUAUGGAGGAAUCUUGUUGUCCACAUCACAAGACAGAGUAAAUACAAGAUUUAGUGUUAUAUUUGGUUGUAAAAAUGUACCUUGCCCCUAUGUUAUUGUAUUUUAUUUAUCUGUACAAAAAAUGUUUCAGUACGGUAUUUAAAAUAUUUUCAUUCUGAAAUAAAAGUUUAUUAAUUAACAACAUAGCUCUAAGACUAACACAGCACCUAUAGCUUCCUUCUAGUCAUGUUUGCUUCAAAUGUGCUAAAUAUAUUUACAAUCAGAAAAUUGUGACUUAGUCUCGGUGCAAACGCUUACCUUUUUUCUCAACAAAAACAAAACUUUUCAGCAAGAUAAAGUAUUCAUGUAUUUUUUGUGUUUAUCUUGAAGUGUUUUUAGAAUGUUUAGCUUAUCUGUGGGUACCAUAAACAUGCACACAACAUACAUGUAACAUCGUAUUUCAACUCAAAACGGUCAUGUUUUCUCAUUAUUUUUACGUUUGAACAUCCAAUCUGAUCAAAAUAGAUUUAAUAUUUUUCAGCUAUAAAAUUUUUUUUCUUUUUGCAUUCUUUGCUUAGUUUUGUAUAAUUUUUAUAAUAAAACCAGAAGCAAAUAAGUACCGAAAGUUCACCACCUGAAAUUAAGUUUGCCCAAAAUAUUUGCAGUAAUCUACGGUAUCUGCAAUGUGAAUGUUCGGUUGUUAAGUACCACCAUUUAAAUGUGACUGGCCCUACCAUGUUGCCAGUUAAGUACCACCAUUUAAAUAUGACUGGCCCUACCAUGUUGCCAGUUAAGUACCACCAUUUAAAUGAGACUGGCCCUACCAUGUUGCCAGUUAAGUACCACCAUUUAAAUGUGACUGGCCCUACCAUGUUGCCAGUUGAACACCACCAGAUGUUGAGAUACAUUGAGGUCAAUAUGAACACAUAAUCAUAUCAAUUUGACAUUAUUACAAUGUCUAAACAUAAAAUCUCAAAGCUUGACCAUGGAUUCUCCUACUGAGCAUAACAUAUAGCUAUGGCAAUACAUUGUAUGUAAUUUUGAUAUGAACCACUUUUUACAGUAAUUCUUCUUGUAUGAGGUGGAUAUAGAUUUUCCGUGAUAAUGAUAUUAACCAUCUGUGAGGAAAGUGCUUCAUUAAGGACAGCAUAGCCAGCAGUCAGUGGAAAUCACCUGUUAUGCAAUACGUCUGACAAUAUUUUUAUCCCUUUUUAUAAUGAACUUAUGACGUUAUAUAUUUGAUUUACAUGUAGUGUUAACCGGAAUAAUGUGGGUGAAUGGUUGUUCUUAUUUCCCUGAGUUCUAUUGACCUGAUGUACGACAUGUGGAUGUGUUUGUGUUGUGUCGUGUGUACACAGCCACUUAGCUCUGCUAGGGGUUACCUACCACGUCCUAGGGUAGUAACAGCUAGAUAUGCUGUAAUAAACCGUUAUAUAUUA